AUGGAGUUCGUUACGGUUGAAGGGGUGAAAAUGGUUCCCGGAACUUUGCACAUUGUCGACUUGGAAGGGACAAUGAAUGUAAAGCAUCAAAAAGGUGGAAAAAGCGAUAUUGUCCUUGUACCCCAGCCGUCGAAUGACCCCAACGACCCCCUCAACUGGAGUAAAUUCCGCAAGGAGUAUCAUUUCUGGCUCCUGUGGAUCUGGGGGUUUCUAGCUGCGGUCUGCGUCAAUUGGGUUGGGCCAGUCUGGACACAAUUUACCAUCGAUCUGAAAACAACCUACUUCGAGCUGAGUAUUGCGUCAGCGUUUUGCUUCCUGUUCCUUGGGUUAGGUUGCGUCAUUUUGCAGCCCAUAGCCAUGAAAAUCGGUAGAAGACCUAUAUACCUUGUGGGAUCGCUUCUCAACUUUGUAGGCUGCAUUGUAGGCAGAUUCCAGACAACCAUUGAGAUGCAAUGGGCGACAAACAUCCUCACCGGGUUCGGUGCGGCGCCAGUGGACUCUCUGGUGCAAAUUACGACGACCGAUAUCUUCUUUGCACAUGAGAAAGGCACCAGACUGAGUUUGUACGUCUUCACGAUAUAUGCAGGGUCAUACCUUGGCCCUGUUGCGGCGGGGCACAUCGCCGACUCCCAGAACUGGCGUUGGUGUUACCAAUACUUGAUCAUUUUCUUCGCUGUCCUUCUGGUCAUCCAAAUAUUCACGAUGGAAGAAUCUACCUUCCGCAGACCACUUACGUCCUCAGAGAUAUCCGGAGACACAGCCGCGAUAUCUCAUCAUGCAAGACAAAAUCUACAAGAUGUGAAAAUUAAGUCUGAAGCGUCACAUGGAGAAGAAGGUGACACCUCCGAGGAAUCAGCGCCACCUGCUCCGAAGACAUACUGGCAACGGAUGGGACUAUAUAACACUGCCUAUAGUGACCCACGGCCAUUGUGGCUCGUUGCCAUUAGCCCGUUUAUGUUGGUAACAUAUCCGGCAGUCAUGUGGGCAGGUUUCAUCUACGGCGUACAGAUUAUGUGGCUAUCGCUACUCAACGUGACGCAGUCUGAACUUUUCAGUGGGCCACCAUACAACUUCAGUGUAGCGAACGUUGGCAAUAUCAACUUUUCCUCCUUCAUCGGCGGCAUCCUAGGCAUGUUCUGGGGCGGCUAUGUGUCUGAUUGGUGCAUCAUUUUUCUCUCCAGACGCAACAAGGGUAUUCUAGAACCUGAGUUUAGGCUCUGGACUAUGCUUGUCCCUGCAAUCAUCAACACCGCGGGGAUACUUAUGUAUGGUCUGGGUGUAUUAAAGGGUACAAUGUGGCUUCUGCCAGCCGGAUUCGGCAUGGUAUUUAUUGCCUUCGGGAUCGGAAGUGGCGGCGCCAUUGCAAUUACGUACGCGGUAGACUGCUACCCGCGCAUUGCCUCUGAAAGCCUGGUGCUUAUGCUCUUUAUUCGGAAUAUGAUCGGUUGCGGGUUCACUUUUGCCAGCCAGCCAUGGCUGGACCAUAACGGUUUGCAAGACACCACUAUUAUCAUGGCGAUGAUAUGCCUUGUUGCUAAUAUGUCUUUUCUUCUACUGAUUUGGAAGGGAAAGCGUUUGCGCGAGUGGACUGCGAAGCGCUAUACCAUACUGAUGCAACAGAAGGACAAGGAAGAUCUGAUUAUCUAG